AUGAUCAACCUACCAAUUAUUUUUCAAGUUCUAGCUGUUAUUUUUGCGAUUAUUGUUGGAUUUUGUCAGGCAGAAACCGCGCCAUCCCUAAACGAAAUCAAGAAUCUCAAAAACAGUGAUCUUGACGAGAUAUUCGGCUCAACAAUGACCAAAUCUCCCCCUCCAGAUCUUCCCGACAUGUCUAAUCCAAUGGGUGGUGUUGACCCCAUGGGAAGGUUCAACCGCGUUCCAAGUGGUCCACGUGAGAUUCCAAUCAACCAUGGACAUGCGUUGAGUCCGCAGCCUGGUGUCCCACAAGGAAAUGGAGGAGAGUUUCAGUCGUUGGCUGCUCAAGGAGCUAAUGUGUUUGCCACUGGGGCCACUGCUUUUUAUCGGGGUGCUGCCACUGUUGGAGAGGCAUUCGGAAUCCCAACUGGGAAUUAUCAAGUCCCACUGUUCAACCAAGCCGCUGGCCUCUUCGGACGAUGA